GAGACUGAUAUGCAAGCUGGAGCACAGUACAAAUAUGAGGUGCGUUCCAACCGUCUGUUUUUCAAAUUUACCUUAUAGUUUGCAAUUUUCAAAGUCUUGAUUUUCUUUGUGAAAACAGUUACUCUGGAUCAUAUUGUUGGCCUCAUGUGCGUCUUUUGUGAUUCAGUCUCUGGCUGCUAAUCUAGGUGUUGUCACAGGUUAACUAACUCAUUCAACCACAAAUACUUGCUCUUUGAUUUUAGUUUUAUGAUCACUGUUUACUAAAUUCCGUUACAUGCAUGAUCACAGGAAAACAUUUAGCUGAGCAAUGUAGAUCAGAGUACCCAAAGGUUCCAAACUUUAUGUUAUGGAUCAUUGCAGAAAUUGCAGUUGUCGCUUGUGACAUACCUGAAGGCAUCAACACUUCUUUACUCUUUUGUUACUGUGAUUCAAUAUUUUUCUCUCUGUAUAAUACUAAUUGCCAUAUAUAUAAUAUGUGUUUUCUUUUACAGUAAUCGGAACCGCUUUUGCUCUGAACAUGCUCUUUAGCAUGCCGGUAUGGAUUGGUGUGCCUCUGACAGGCUUAAGUACUAUGGUUCUUCUCAAAAUUCAAAAAUACGGGGUAGUGUAAUUUUGACAGUUGCAUCUCUUGUUUUGUUCAUAGUGCUAUGUAUGGUCAAUUCUUAUGAUGGGUGGGAUUUACAGGUGAGAAAGUUGGAGUUCUUGAUUGCAAUUCUUGUAUUCACAAUGGCUAUAAGCUUCUUUGUUGAGCUUCACUACUCAAAGCCCGACCCAGGAGAAAUCCUACAUGGUCUCUUUGUUCCUCAACUGAAAGGAAAUGGUGCAACUGGUCUCGCAAUCUCUUUGCUCGGAGCCAUGGUUAUGCCGCAUAAUCUCUUCCUCCACUCGGCCUUGGUUCUCUCUAGAAAUAUCCCUCGUUCCACUACUGGCAUCAAGAAAGCUUGCAGGUUUUACUUGAUAGAAAGCGGAUUGGCUCUAAUGGUGGCAUUUCUCAUAAACGUCUCUGUGAUAUCAGUAAGUGGUGCUGUUUGUAAUGCCCCGAACUUAAGCCCUGAAGAUCGAGCUAAUUGUGAGAAUUUGGACUUAAACAAGGCUUCGUUUCUGCUCCGGAAUGUUUUGGGGAAAUGGAGCUCAAAGCUAUUUGCGAUUGCACUACUUGCUUCUGGUCAGAGCUCGACGAUAACCGGAACUUAUGCCGGACAAUACAUAAUGCAAGGAUUUCUUGACCUAAAACUCAAGCCAUGGCUCAGAAACUUACUAACACGAUGUUUAGCUAUAAUCCCGAGUCUAAUCGUUUCUCUCAUUGGUGGUUCUGCUGGAGCCGGAAAGUUAAUCAUCAUUGCCUCGGUAACACAAUCAUUCUCAUCUCUAAUCUAGUAAUCUUGAUCUAUAAAUAUAUAUAUAUAUACAUCGACUGCAUAAAGCAUCAACUGAUGACAUCUUAAAACAGAUGAUCUUGUC